AUGAAUGGUAGGUACAUCUACAUCACCAUCUUCUUUCCAAUACUAAAGAAUGCUGAGGCGCUGCAAGAAUUAGUUCCUGCUUUUAAUAAUCCAAAGGGGUGCGGCGCUAGGUUACAAGUCGUGUGGUUGAGGGAAAGUAGUUGUCUCAGUUCGUCUACUAGACGAGAGAGGGCCUCUGACCGCCAUGGCGACGAGGAUGACGUCAUCGAUAGUUUACAAGUUACUGAAAUUUUCUUUACGGUAGUAGUUGAAAUGGCAGCCAUAGGUCAUUUACGGGAGUUCAAUGUUAGUGUUUCUGACUGGACAAUCUACAAAGUGCAGUUAACGAACUACUUCGCAGCAAACAACAUAACCGAUCCCGCAAUAAAAAGGGCAAUAUUUCUAAACUGUUGCAGCGAAAGCAGUUUUCAGCUUUUGAACAGUUUGUGUAUCCCGGAUACUCCACAAGAUAAAGACUUCGAUAAUUUACUGAAGUACUUCGAUACAUACUUCGCUCCGGCGAAAUUAGUUUUUCCAGAAAGACAGAAAUUCUAUAAUUGUUCUAAAGCCAAAGAAGAAUCUGUUCAAGAAUGGGCUGCUCGUGUUAGACAACUGGCUUCCAGAUGCAAUUUCAAAACGGCCGAAUUAUCCACCAUUUUGAGAGAUAAAUUCAUAAUGGGGUUUGAAAAGGGGCCUAUAAUGGACAGGCUAUUCGAAGAAGACGAAACAAAACUCACUUUUGAAAUGGCAAUUGAAGUAGCAUGCAGAAAAGAGGCUACAUGCAAGACUGAAGUGGCUUUUGGAAAUGUGAAGAAAGAGGAGAUGGAGAUGUACUAUUCGAAGACGAAACUUGGACCUGAAUUUCCUGAGAAGAAAUCGAAUCAUGGUUAUGAAAGAAAACUUUUCGAGAAGAAACGGACAACGGAAUGUGAUGUGUGCGAGGGUUCUAUACCGAAAUUUUUUAAGCCUAGACCAAUAGCUUUUGCUCUGAAAGAAAAAGUGGAAAAGGAGAUAGAUAGAUUGGUUGAAGAAAAUAUACUAACACCUGUUGAUUAUAGCGAUUAUGCUACUCCCAUUGUGCCUGUGUUGAAAAGUAAUGGGUCAGUUAGAAUAUGUGGAGACUAUAGUGUAACUUUAAAUCCAAAUUUGGAAAUUGAUAAAUUUCCUUUGCCCAGAAUAGAAGAACUGUUCACUAAAUUGCAGGGUGGUACUAUUUUUACCAAAAUAGAUUUGUCUAGUGCAUUUCAGCAGGUCGAAUUAGAUGAUGAAAGUAAAAAACUCACCACCAUCAGUACUCAUAGGGGUUUGUUUUUUUAUAAUAGGUUACCGUUUGGCAUUCAUUCUGGUCCUUCGAAAUUUCAAAAAAUUAUGGAAAAAGUGCUGGUGGGUUUUGAAGAUGUGACAUGUUUUCAAGACGAUAUAUUAAUUUCGAGUAAAGAUAUUAAAGAACACAUCGAUAAAGUUCGAAGUGUUCUCCAUAAGAUGUCCGAAUGUGGUUUAACAGUUGAGAAAAAUAAAAACGGUUUGCAUAAGAGUAAAGAGAAAAUUGAUGCCAUUCUGAAGGUGCCAUAUCCUCAAAAUGUGACGCAAUUGAAGUCCUUUUUAGGAAUGGUCAAUUAUUAUAACCGUUUUAUACCAAAUGCUUCAUCAUUACUCAAACCACUUUAUAAAUUGUUACAGAAAAAUAGUUCAUGGAAGUUUGAUACUGCUUGUGUACAUAGUUUUGAGACUGUCAAAAGAGUUCUUGGUUCAGAAACCAUUUUAGUUCAUUUUAAUAGUCAACAAACUGUUCAUUUAUUUGUUGACGCUUCUCAAUAUGGUUUAGGUGCAGUCAUAAUGCAUAUUAUUGAAGGUAGUUUUAGACCGAUAGCAUACGCUUCUAGGACUCUAUCACAAAAUGAUGAAAAUGGUGAUAAAAGUAACACAUUAUUAAUAAGUUUCAUCCAAAACAAUGGGGAAAUACCCAUCGACUUCAAUUUAAUAUCGAAGCACACAUUAGAUGAUGCGCUUUUACGUAAAGAUUUCGCUGUGUCGAAAAUUUUAAGGGGAAGAUAUGUGAUGUAUACGAACGAUAUACAUUAA